AUUUCUUUUCGUCAAGCAGGUGAACUGCGAUUUAUGGACAGCUUGGAAGCAGAGCAGAUGCGUGGUAUCACGAUGAAGUCCAGUGCUGUGGCACUUUUCUACAAUCCUACACUGAAACUUAGUCGGCAAAUUUCUCCACAAGCUGCUGCUGAUGACCCGAACUCCUAUUUGAUCAACCUCAUCGACUCACCAGGACACGUGGACUUUGCUUCAGAUGUUUCCACUGCAGUUCGCCUUUGUGACUGCGCUAUGAUUGUUGUGGACGUUGCUGAGGGUGUAUGCCCUCAAACACGGGCGGUCCUGCGACAAGCCUGGAACGAGCGUCUUACUCUCAUCCUUGUCUUGAACAAGAUUGACCGGCUCUUUCUACAGCUUGGUCUCUCACCCAUUCAAGUAUACGACAAACUUCUGCGAGUGUUGGAGCAAGUCAACUCAGUUCUGGCUGAAAUGUUCACUGCGGACGUGAUGCAGCAAACCCACGGACGAAAUGUUGAUGGAGGCUCGGCAAUGCAAUCGGCGGGGGGGACGUACACAUGGAGUACUGGUUUAGAAACAACGGAUGAUUCUCACGUGUACUUUUCACCCGACAGAGCCAACGUUCUUUUUACCUCCGCAGUCGACGGUUGGGGCUUUCGUAUCUCCGACUUCGCUGAUUUCUGGUCAGAGCGGAUGAAAAUUCCGAAAAAGGGCUUAUUGAAAGCUCUAUGGGGUGAUUACUACUUUAUCAGUUCGCCCGAUGGAAGUCCAUCCAGGGUCAAGCCCCAUGCCAGAGCCAAAAAUAAAAAGCCUGUUUUCGUCCAGCUCAUCAUCGAUCAGUUAUAUCGCAUUUACAAGGUACUUUCUAUUACGAUUGUUGUGGACAAUGAUCGCGACAUGGCGCCUCACAUAGCCGAACGUCUAGGCGUUAAGCUGGAGUCGCGUCUGUACCAGCAAAACGCGGACAGUCGAAUGCUAGUGCGCUCGAUUCUCGGCAUCUGGCAACCUCUUGGAACGGCCAUUUUCCGAACUAUUGUGGAUAUCUGUCCCAGUCCACUAACAGCUAUAACUCGUGAAAGAGCUCGGUAUAUGCUUUUCGGCGAGUCUUCAGUUACACAAUUUUCCAGCGAAGAUACAGCUCCCACAAGCAAUGGUGGCAUUGCAGGGCAGUCAGUUUUGCGAGAUGCUGUGUGUUGUAGUAAUGGUGGUAGUGAGGAGGACUAUGGGGAAGAUGGAUCUGCGGCCUUUCCUGCAAUCACUGCUUUGCAGGCUUGUAGUUCGAAUGCUGAUGCGCCCGUAAUCAUCUUCGUAUCGAAGGUCUUUUGGGCGGAUAAGCUGAAAAAUGCCUUCUCUACCAUCGUCUUUCCCAAGGAUGCUUCGAAAUCAGCUCCACCCAAAUAUGGACAGUUUCCAUCGGUUUCCAGACUCACAACACCUAGUCGGAUGGUCUUUCGCCGCGAUAAUGCUGAGACGACAAACAAUUCAGCAACUAGCCCCUUUUCGGACACUGAGUUCGUGGCGCUUUCGCGGAUCUACAGCGGUCGAGUCAAGGAUGGUCAACGGAUAUUUGUUCUCGGACCAAAGUUUGAUGGGAGCAACAUUCCCAAAUGUCUCUUGGAUGCGAACCCGGCAGACUUGCCUCUUGGGCCUCUGCAUAUACCUGAGCCAGAGGAGGAUGAGGUAACCUCUCCAGUCCAGGUUCGCCACCGAACCUCAUCUUCUUCGUCCCUUUCAUCUAAUCUGAGUUCCACGCUCUCUGCCGGUUCCAUUGGUGGCUCAGGUCAUUACAAAGAUCAAGUUCUCCGCCAUGUUUACGUAGGGGAGAUCGUUGAUGUUGUCCAAUUUUGUGGUGGUCAAAACAACGUUUUCCACCUGAAGGACCCCUCCUGCCCUAUUAAGUCACUCAGCGCAGGCAACGUGGUUGGAUUAAUGGGCGCCUCAAUCAUAACCAGUUUACCCAAGUCGGGCCUUCUGGUGUCGAGUUUACGUCUGGUUGCCACCUCGGAGGCACGCCGUGUCCUGCCUCUUGCUGGGCUAGCAAUUUGGCACGGCGCACCCGUCGUCUCCCUUGCUAUUGAGCCCGCCAGCGCCACUGAUCCAAACGAUAUGGUGCGCUUGGAGAACGGCCUUCGACUUCUUGAACGCUCCGACCCAUGCGCUGAAUUGACCUUCUCAUCCAAGGGCGAAUAUCUCCUUCAUGCUGCAGGUGAAAUUCACAUGCAAAAGUGCCUCGAAGAUCUUACUACGUAUUUCGCUCCAGACCUCGAACUGCACACCUCGCCCUUUUUGGUGCCCUUCAGGGAAACCGUCACAGAAGCCUGUCCUCCCGCUUCCUAUGUCCCAUUUGAUUCUCUGGCCUUUGCUAAAGCACAGUUUGAGCGAGAACUUAAGGAGAAGCACUUAGUAUUCGACGAUACGAAGGAAAAUUGUGUACGUCUCUCUGCAGGUAGUGAGGAAGGGGCCCUUCCGCAGCAACCGAGUCUUCAGCAAAUAACUUGUAUGGAGACCUCCGAUCCUACGCGCUAUCUUCCACUGGGCAUGCUCCAGCUACCGCACAGCAAGUCACGUACUCGCGUUUUUAUUCGUGUUACUGCUCAUCCCGUGCCCGAAAACUUGCUUACCUGGCUUGAGACUUGUGCUGCUACCUACAUGCACCUACUGAUGCGUGCCGUCAAACAUAAAUCCUCUUCCUCGCGUCGUGCUCUCACUUGUUUGAAGAGGUUUGAAGAGGAAUUUUCGGCCCAAUUGGACGCGGUACCGUCAGAGGCUUGUGAAUUUCUUGACUGGCGCUCGCUUAAGGGUCGGCUUCUGUGCAUGGGUCCACAACAGGUGGGACCAAAUCUCCUCUUCUCUCGUCUUCGGUCUGGUCUCUUUCGUCUGGAUACGGCUUGGGGAAAGCCGAUACCGCCUUGGUCGGACGUGACUCAGGAGGUAGGGGUCGAUCCUAUGCCAACAAGCGGGACAGUUUGGGAAGCAGCCGUGCAUAUCCCCUUCUUGAGCUACGGAAAGGCAAUUCUACGGGGAUUUCAGAUGGCCACAGAGCAGGGACCACUGUGCGCUGAACCGAUGCGCGGGGUUGCUUUUGUACUGGAGGAGAUCUACGCCGAAGAUCGCAUCCAACUGCCCGUCCCUCGGAUUCUAACUUCUGUUGAUCUUCUUGAAGAUUCAGAUACCGCACAGAAGGUUGCUGAAGUGGAUGUAGAACUUGGUGAAGCAGCUGAGACUGUACCUGAGCCAGUGGGGGAGGCAGCUGCAGAAGAGGAUCCGAUUCUCGCCGCUCUCAGGGCAAAGCAAGCAGCUAUCAAACGGCGACAAAAAGUUGACCCCAAUUCCUCUAUAUCCUGGCUGACUUUGGGAGAGGAUGAUGACGACGGUAGUAACGAUGAGGAUCGAGAGGAAUAUUGUUCGGAUUAUGACGAAGAUUGGUACAAUAAUGACAAUGACAACUGCGAUCGAAAUAUGUCAGAAGUAGAGGAGGAAGAGGACCUCGAUUCUAUGUUAGACGAAGAACAUCCAAUCAAAUCCGAGAAGAAGCUUACUCUCAGUGCACACUUCUACUGGCGUCGGCGCAGCGACUAUGACUGGCUGUCGGAUGUGACACCGGGUCUACUAACUUCUGCAAUGGCUCGUGCAUGCACUUCUGCCUUCAUGGCCUGUCCAUCCCAACGACUCGUUCUCUCCAUGUAUGACAUAGAACUCCAGUGUCGAGGUGAUGUGUUAGGUCGGAUGUAUGCGGUGCUGCGGAAGCGCUGCGGUCGGGUGGUAAGUGAGGAUAUGCGAGAGGGCGAAGAGUGCUUUGUGAUUCACGCUCGCCUUCCGGUGGUGGAGAGCUUCGACCUGACCAAUGAUUUGCGUAAGCGCACCUCGGGCCUUGUCUCGUUGCCUCAGCUUCGACCAGGCGGGUGGGAGGUGCUCGAGGUCGAUCCUCUCCAGCGAGACGCCAGCGGCCAUAUUGCCAUUCUCGGAGAGACGCACAUCAAGGUGUGGCAGCGCCAACAGGAAGCCAUAAAACGACUGAGACUUUCUGAGCGCAAUACCACCGACACCAUCUCUUCAGCCUUGUCUGGCUCAGGGAUGGCUGGUCGAUCAAUUUCCUCCAAUUCGUCCUCCACCUCUGAUAGCGAAACAGAUGAAGAUCUGGCUCAGGCUGAGAACAUCAACCAACUCAAUCGUCUACGAAGCUAUCUUCGAGAUGUGCGCAAAAGAAAGGGACUCAAAUUACAUGAACAAAUUGUCAUCUCAGCGGAUAAACAGAGGACGCUGAAAAAGAAUAAAUAG